AUGGCAUCAGUUUAUACUAAUAACAACUCAGAAGAAUCAAUAAAUUAUGAACCUAGAUGGUAUCCGCCGAUUGGAUUUUUUCUGUUUAUUAAAAGAGAGUUAAUGGAAAAAAUUCACUACAUUGAACAAAUAUUUGUGAUUAAAUACUUCACCGCUUACAGCUUCUCUUGUCAGCUAUGCUUCUUCACACUCUGCAGACCGCAUUUGGGCAAUCAGUACGUCGAAGAUCUUCGAAAAUACAAAAUGUUUGUCGAAUCAAUAAGCUCGAUACUUUUGUACUCGAUUCUAGGAUAUUUUGUCUUCAAAGUACGCGAUAUUUGGAGGGGCUCUAGACGCAGGACUGUUGCGAUGACAGCUCGAUCAUUUAUCAACCAUUUGAAGGCGUUUUGCAAAAUUAUUUUAGAAUGGGCUAAAGCUGCUAUUUUAGUUUUAUAUUUGAGGGAGGAAGGAUUGGAGUUUGAGCAGAACCUGCUUUAUUGCCUCGUAACUUUUACCUAUUUUCUAUGCACUGAAAACGUAUUCUUGAAAAUAUUUCCUGAAAUAAUUGAGGCUUUACAAAUAGACAAACUAGACAAUUUGGAGCACCUUUACGUGCCACUGUUCAUGAAUUUUCUUGCGAUAGUGGCAGGUUUCACAAUAGAUUUUUACAGUUUCAUUGUAAAAUCUGCAAGUACAAGCUUUAUUUUACUUAGCCUAUAUUUUAUGGUUUAUUUACGUUUAAAAGAUGUCUACUACAACUAUUGGGAGAUAUUACUGGUUGAAAGAGAAACAUACUCCAGUUGUCAGGUUGCUUCAGAAAAGCAAAUUGAAGAUUGGGACGAUAUAUGCGCAAUAUGCUUGAACAGGAUGUCUAAAGCAAGAAUAACUCCUUGUAAUCAUUUGUUUCAUCCUCAUUGCUUAAAAUUAUGCUUGAGACGGUCGUUUAAUUGUCCUUUAUGUAAAUAUUGUAUUUUGAUUAAGGAAUAA